UCUGCCCAACGAUCUGAGGGAAUAAACAGCAGCAGUGAGCUGGCCAAGCAGACCAAAGUGCCUCUUUGUCGUCGCUCAAGCUGGACUGAAACUCCAAUCUCCUCGUUUACUCUCUUCCAUGCCCCCGGCCCUCUUUAAGACCACAAGUCAAAGUGAAGAAACUUUUUUCCUUUUCUCACUGAGGGAAGUGACAUCUCUGUUCAUUUGGUGAAUUGCUUUCUCCGCAUCUCUUCUCUUCACCUCUGUUUUGCAGAAAGAAGGAUGUCUUUCCCUUGGACAGGUAUGCUUUUGCUUAGUUUUCUGCAGCUACUGGAAGCCCUGAUGAAAGAAGGAGCUGUCCCGUUUAUUGAAGAAAACUAUGCACCCUCCAGAAUGGAGGCAAAGGCUGGAGAAGAUCACUUAAAAAGACACAUCAAUUCCAAAGGUGUCCUGAUGGAGGUACUUGGAGAACUGGGCAGGAAGAGAGACUCGGGACUGACUGGCAACCAUGAAGAGCAACAGUUCUCAGAAGAGCAGCUGAGGUGGAGAAGAACACGUAGAGGAGCAAAAGAUGAUGAUGCCAAGUCAGUUCAGCAGUAUGUUCCAGGAGUCAAAGUAGAAUUUCCUCUGCCUGCGAACCCAGCCACUUUACAGCCAAUGAAGCCUCCAGCUCCAUCCAACACAGAUCCUUUAGAACCCCACCAACAGAGCCCGGCAGUCUAUGGUGAUCGAGCGGCCCAGGUGAAUAGGACUGUGGCACUAGGAAAGCGUUUUCAGAUACAGAACCCUCUCUAUCCAGUGACAGAAAGCUCUUACAGUGCUUAUGCUGUCAUGUUCCUGUCCCUCAUUGUCUUUGCUGUAGGCAUUGUUGGGAACCUCUCGGUCAUGUGCAUUGUCUGGCAUAAUUACUAUAUGAAAAGUGCUUGGAAUUCCAUUUUGGCCAGUCUUGCUUUCUGGGAUUUCCUUAUCCUCUUCUUCUGCCUACCUGUGGUCAUCUUUAAUGAAAUUACCAAGAAGAGACUGCUGGGAACCUUCUCCUGUCGCCUUGUGCCCUUCAUGGAGGUGACUUCUCUGGGAAUCACCACCUUCAGCCUCUGUGCCUUGGGCAUUGACAGAUUCCAUGCGGCUACCAGCCCUCAAGCCAAGCUCCGUCCAAUUGAACACUGCCACUCCAUCAUUGCCAAGCUGGCUGUCAUUUGGGUGGGUUCCAUGACCCUUUCAAUCCCAGAGCUCCUUCUUUGGCAGCUGGCACAAGAUACCUCACCAGUCUCUGGUGUAGUAUCUGACUACUGCACAAUGAAACCUUUUCAGGAGCUGCCUGAGUCCAUUUACUCUCUGGUUCUCACUUAUCAGAAUGCUAGGAUGUGGUGGUAUUUUGGAUGCUACUUCUGCCUGCCAAUCCUCUUUACCAUCAGCUGCCAGCUGGUCACCAGAAGGAUCAGCAGCUCAGAGAAGACGGAAUGCCGUGGCAAUAAGCAUGGGCAGUGUGAAAGCCAACUCAACUGCACAGUGAUUGGCCUGACAGUGAUUUAUGGUCUCUGCACCAUUCCUGAAAAUGUCAGUAAUAUUGUUGUGGCCUAUCUGUCUCCCGACAUGACAAAACAGACCCUGGACCUAUUAAGCUUGGUCAACCAGUUCUUCCUGUUCUUCAAAUGUUCAGUUACUCCUGUGCUUUUACUGUGCCUUUGCAAACCCCUGGGGCAGGCCUUCAUGGACUGUUGCUGCUGCUGCUGUGAUGAAUGUGGUCAAGAAACAACUUCCAGUGAUGGUGGUUCUGAAAGCAAAAUCAAAACCGAGAUGUCCUCAAAUAUUUUCUUCGACAAGACCCGAGAGUCACCUCCCCCUGUAGGAGCCAUUGGCACGCCAUGCUAAGUUCAAUCAUCCUAGUGGUAGACCAACAGCAAUUCUUCCGCUACCUUUUCCCAAGACCAAAAGUUGUGAUUUUUUUUUUUUUUAGUAUUAAUUGGUGAAAUAGCUGGACACUGGAGGUGGGACCUGGUGUCUUAUCAUCUGCUUGUUCCAGCACUGUCUUGUAAAAGAACACCUUACAAACAAGGCAUCACCAAUAGCUAUCUCUUCUUUGCUGAACAGUUACCAAGGGUGCCAUUGACUCCUCUGAUCUACCAUGACUAGAAAGGCUGCCGUUCUGAAUGCGAAAGAUGCUGUGGAAAGGCCCACUUGCAACCCUUUCAAGAACGGAGAAAUCACCUCUUUUAAAAGAGUUCAUAGUACACACUAACCUAUUCUGCCCUGAUGCAGGACCUUACUGUCCUCUUCUUCAUGUCUUCCCCCAAAACAGCCUUGUAUACAAAGUCAGCACUAUCCUAGUCUCAAUAAACGAGUAGACUAAGUAGAAAAAGGUUCUAGUCACUUUAUUCAAAAUGUGGUAGAACAAUUGAUCAUUCUGUAAGUG